CUCUCUCUCAAGCCAAAACCAUUUUGCACUUUCUUUCUUUAGAAACAUUAUUAACAAAAAAUGAAAGAAUAUUGGACCUCGUUGGCGUCACUUCUGGGUGUGUUUGCUUUCUGUCAAACCAUCCUCCAAACAGUGUUCCCACCGGAACUUCGUUUCGCCUCCGUUAAGCUCUUUAACCGGAUCUUCCACUGCUUCUCCUCUUACUGCUACUUCGACAUAACGGAGAUCGACGGCGUCAACACCAACGAGCUCUAUAACGCUGUGCAACUCUACCUUAGCUCCUCCGUCUCCAUCACCGGCAACCGGCUAAGCCUAACACGCGCUGUGAACUCCAGCGGCUUCACCUUCGGCCUCGCCAACAAUGACAGCAUCGUGGACACGUUCAACGGCGUCAAUGUGCUGUGGGAACACGUGGUGACGCAGAGACAAGCCCAAACGUUCUCGUGGCGGCCGCUCCCCGACGAGAAGCGUGGGUUCACGCUCCGGAUAAAGAAAAAGGACAAGUCUCUGAUUCUGAGCUCUUACUUAGAUUACAUAAUGGAGAAAGCGAGCGACAUUCGAAGGAAGAAUCAGGAUCGUCUUUUGUACACGAAUUCGAGAGGUGGGUCGUUGGACUCAAGGGGUCACCCUUGGGAAUCAGUGCCGUUUAAGCACCCUAGCACGUUUGAUACAUUGGCUAUGGACCCUCAGAAGAAGGAGGAGAUCAUGGAUGAUUUGCAGGACUUCGCUAAUGGCCAAGCUUUUUACCAUAAAACUGGAAGGGCUUGGAAGAGGGGUUACCUUCUUUAUGGUCCUCCAGGAACUGGUAAAUCUAGCAUGAUUGCUGCUAUGGCUAAUUACCUUGGCUAUGAUAUCUAUGAUUUGGAGUUAACUGAGGUGCAUAACAACUCUGAACUCAGAAAGCUUCUCAUGAAAACAAGCUCCAAAUCCAUUAUUGUCAUUGAGGAUAUUGAUUGUUCUAUUAACCUCAAUAACAGAAAAACCAACAACACCGGUUCUGGUUCUUCGAGGGGAUACAAUGAUUCGGAAAUACGAGGGGGUGGGUGUGGUUCUGCUUGUGGUGAGGAUGGUGGGAACUCGAUUACGCUCUCUGGGUUGUUGAAUUUCACGGAUGGGUUGUGGUCUUGUUGUGGGAGUGAGAGGAUUUUCGUCUUCACUACCAACCACAUUGAGAAGCUUGACCCGGCUCUGUUGCGGUGUGGGAGAAUGGAUAUGCACAUUUUCAUGAGUUAUUGUUCGUUUCCAGCGUUGAAGAUUCUGCUUAAGAACUAUUUGGGGUGUGGAGAGGGUGAGUUGGAGGAUUCAGUUUUGAAGGAGUUGGAAGCGGUUGUUGACGUGGCGCGUAUGACUCCGGCUGAUAUAAGCGAGGUUCUGAUCAAGAACCGGCGAAAGAAAGAGAAAGCGGUGGGUGAAUUGUUGGAAACGUUGAAGCUGAGGGCAGAGAUGAAUGAGAAAAGUGGGGUUCUGAGGGCGAAGAAUGGAGUUGAGGAAGAAGAGGAAGAGCAAGAGAAAAGGGCUCUGGAUAGUGAGAGUCCUAAACAAGAAUCUGAGAUCGAGGACAAUUGUAAGGAGGGACAGGAAGAAGAGAAGAUGAAGUGAUAUAUAGUAAUAAUAACGAUGGUAAUAAUGUUGUUGUUGAAGAUUCGUUCAAAGGAGGAGGCUGUUACUGAACUGAAGAAGAACAAGAAGAAUACACUACACAGUGUAAUCUGAAGGGUACCUUACUUGAAGAUGAACAAAAAUUUUUAUGACUUGUGAGAUAUGAGGAGGGGAAACAGGGGAAGAAACAAGGGUCUAAAAUUUAAAACAUGUCACAUACUUGUGUCUUUUUAGCUUUGAAUAAUGGAGUCCUUUAUUAUUAGAUGUGUAGGGAAAGUUUAUUUUGCACCCACCAUGAUUUGCUCAUUUUUAAAGAUUUGUUUGCAUUGGACAUGUUUUUGGUUGCUCUGGUUAGGCCUUUACACCCUGACAUAGUUGGGGAGCCAGCUGGGAUGUUGGUGAACACCUGGGUGCACAUGGCAUGGGAAAGGUUACUAAUUUGAUGGGACGUGUAGGGAAUAUAGGUAAUAAGUAGGAUACCACUGUUUACCUAACGUUUUCAUUCAAUUAUACAAUUAAGGUCAAGGUGUGCCAUUUGGGUUGGGGCUUCAAACUUGCCUUGUUAACAAGUCUCAUAUCACUAUUACGCCUUCUUAGUUUCGCGUUCUCUGAUUUAACGUGCGACAAGUAAUUUUUAUAAAUUGGUUGUGUUAAAAUUGAUUUUAUGGUAGUUAUAACCUGUUUGGAUAAAAAAAUAGAAUGAAUGUUUUGUGCGGGGGGGUAAUGUCUUGCCUACCGAAAACUAGGAUGAAUAAUAGUGUGAACUUCGAAGACAGUUUCAGGGUAGCUCUCUCUUCUCGUUUGUGGGAAAAAAAACUUGAUCAUAUUGAUGAAUUUUUGUGUGUGUGCAAAACAAAGUACGUGUAACGUGUUCAAUAUCACAGCAGAAAAAUUGCCCCCUUUUUCUCGCCUGAACUUACCCUUUAAAAUUAUAAGGAUUGAGAUGAGAUCGUAAAUGUUGUCGGUGCGUUUUUUUUUAGGACAAACUCUAAUUACAUCUCUUGAUA